AUGUAUGAUAUGAGUUGGCUGAUACUGUACGUAAGAACACGCCACCGACCUCUCGAAUUCAUGAAGUGUGGCGUUGGUUCAUCCGCGGACGUCCGCACUCAAAGCACAUUCCAAUACCACCCCAUAGCGCCAACUGGAAUGCAACUCAUGCAACCACUCACAGACUUAUCACUGUCAGCGCGACACGAACGUGACAUGAUGGCUGGUCGCGGCACCUACCAAAUUCCACUCCUCGCAUUGCCGAGCUCGCCUUUACUGGCCAUGUACCAGCCUACUGCGGAGGUUCACGAGAGACUCUCGCGACCGCGAGACCUUCGUUUGACCAUGCAUACACCACACGACCGCUUUUCAAGUUUAAUUGUCAGCCUUGACCACCGCUCACCUACGAACAAAUUGAGGUCAGGAAGUCUCGAAAUGGGACUUCGAGGAUCGUCUGAGAAGAGCAGACCGGGCCGCAUGAGAUCGCGAACAAGUACACUCGGACGAGGAUCGAUAGUCGUCUGCCAGAAUGUCCUGCUAUGGAUGUCCCUAUACGUCGCAGCGAGUACGGCCUACAUCUUAAUCCUGGGAGUGGUCUCUAGAGCCAGAUAUGGCGGAACCCGACUGAUGAGUUUUGCAGAGCACGCUGUCCUUAUUCUACCUCUUCUUUCAGAACACUACCACCCAUCUCAGAGUUCAGUAGACGCCUUCCAAGGCCUUGCGACACACACACUUCGACUUCUCGUCACGAUCUGGAUGAUUGCAUGCGGCCUCACCAUCACAUUUACUGCCGCCAGAACACCCUUGUGCGCCUCAUCGAGCGUCUCACCUCUCGACAAGGGCAAAACUUGUAUCAUAAAUCGACGCUGUAAGUAUUCAGCACAACGAUUCGAUAUGACGCUAACGAACGAUGACAGCAUCGUCUCUGGCGCCUUGUUCGUACUUCUGCACAAAGUCAACGAGCCUUAUCGAUGCCACCUUUUCGGCAUCGUCAAAGAACACAAGCUUCUGCCAAUGUUCUUGCCCUACAAGCAGAAGAAGUGCCACGCCACAUUCUCAGAGAUGUCCUUCAAAUGCCGCUCAUCCACUUCCCUGUCGUCGAGACAGCAACCGCCAGAUCAAUCAACAGUGCCGACACCUAAUCAACCCCAUGGCCAUGGUCUUGGAAUCCACACUGGUCGUUCCUCAGCACCACCAUCCCUCCUCCGACCACGCCCAUCUCUAUCCUCAAUCCGAUCACACACAAGCCUCUACCUCCCUCCUCCCCCUUCCUCCCCAUUACCGCCAUUACCCGCAUACAUCCCCCCAAAGCACCAAACUCCCCCUCCCUCCAUCCACCGCGCCAUCCACCCACCCAAACGCCCCUAUCGACCGGGCGACAGCGUACGAAUCCUCCGACCUGCCCCUGCACAUCUCGACAGAACCGAAUCUUUCUCGAGUGUUUAUAGUCGAAGCACCAGUGGAGAAUCUCGGCGAAGCGUAGAUCUACCGUGCAGUCGCACUACAAGCUCCCGUUCAACAUCCACUUCGACCCUCAAGCCGAGUCCCCUAGGCAUUAUGACUCUUGCAGAAUCUCCUGAGGUGGUUAGUUUGAGGAGGACGGGGUUGGUUGAGGCGAGAAGGAGGAGGAGGUCGUUCAGCUCCAGUACUACGAAGAUGAUGGAGAAUGAUGCUGCUGCUGUUGGGGGUCGGAUGGGGACUUUGAGCGAUUCUAGUCUUGCGAAACCUUGGGAUUCGAGAUUGAAAGGUUAUGUGGAGAGUCAGAAUCGGAUUCGAGAGUUGAGUCGUCCGGUUGAGAUUCAGCCGGUGUUGGGAAAUGGGUAUGAGAGGAAGGAUAGAACUGGUAGGAUUGUGAAUUAUGAUUCUACAUUUUUUUUUCGUUGCUUUGUUGGCCGCGGCGAGAGUGCUUCCUCGUUUCUUGGAUCCACUUUGAAGUGCUAA